CCACAUUUCGCGCUUUUUCAUUCAGUGAUCGACUACCAUCGGAUGAUUCUUUUAAAGAUUUUAGAUCCAGUUAACUAAGUGAUCCAUUUCAGUUGUAGGAAAAUAUUAUAUCUUACGUUGAAUUUUUUCAAUCAACUUUUAAGUAACUGUUUUCUUUUCAAAAAUUUCCCAAAAUGAGUACCGAUAUUGUAAUUGUCUCUGCUGCAAGAACCCCGAUCGGAAAUUUUAAAGGCUGUCUUUCGGAGCUGAAAGCUCAUGAAUUGGGAGCAGUUGUUAUUAAAGAAGUAUUGGAUCGAGCCAGCAUAGCACCCGAAGAUGUAUCGGAAGUAAUUUUAGGACAGGUUCUCACAUCAGGUCAGGGACAAAAUCCUGCUAGACAAGCUGCUCUCAAAGCCGGACUUCCCAAUACAGUACCAGCAUAUGGCUUAAACAUAUUAUGCGGAUCAGGAGUGCAAUCAGUCGGUGACGGUUAUCUUCAUAUAUUGGGAGGUAUUUCAAAAAUCGUUGUUUGUGGAGGUCAAGAAAGUAUGAGCCAAGCUCAACAUACAGCUUAUCUCAGACCUGGAAUAAAAGCAGGAGAUUUUCAGUUAAGUGAUACCGUGUAUAAGGAUGGAUUAUCCGACGCUUUUCAUAACUGUCUUAUGGGUGAUACUGCCGAAUACGUUGCUGAAAAGUACAACGUAUCGAGAGAGGAACAGGAUAAACAGGCUUUAAAUUCACAGCAAAGAGCUGAAGACGCUAUUAAAAGUGGAAAAUUUAAAAAAGAAAUUGUACCGGUGAUUAUUAGAAAAGGAAAAGAAGAAAUAGUGGUGGACACCGAUGAAUACCCAAAAUUUGGUUCUACUUUAGAUAUUCUUCGAAAAUUGAAACCCGCUUACAAAAAAGAUGGUGGCACUGUGACGGCUGGUAAUGCUUCCGGAAUAAAUGACGGAGCUGCUGCUGUUGUUCUAAUGCAAAAAUCCGAAGCUGAUCGUCGAGGUUUAUCUCCUUUAGCUAAAUUUGUAGGGUUUACCAGAAUUGGACUAGCACCUCUUCUCAUGGGAUUAUCUCCUAUCCAAGCUAUUCAGUCUUUGCUGGCAAAAAUAGGAUGGAGCAAAGAUGAAGUGGAUAUUUAUGAAAUCAACGAAGCUUAUGCUGCACACUCAAUCGUGAUAUUGAAGGAACUCGGUCUGAAUCCGGACAAAGUUAAUAUAUUUGGAGGUGCUGUGGCGCUUGGACACCCACUAGGUGCUUCGGGUACUCGUGUCUUGGUCACACUUCUGAGUGCAUUGGAACAAACCGGUGGUAAAAAAGGAGUUGCUGCGUUAUGUAUCGGCGGCGGACAAGGAAUCGCUAUUGCUGUAGAAAGAUAUUAAUUAUUCAUACGUAUAAACCUAUCUAUUUACUGAUUGAAUGCAUGAUGUAUACCUAUAUUAUAGUUUUAAAAUGACUAUUUUUUAUUGUUCACUUGAAAAUGUUAAUAAAACCUCGUCCGAUUAACAA